AUGGCUAAAGGUGACCCCAAGAAACCAAAGGGCAAGACAUCUGCUUAUGCCUUCUUUGUGCAGACUUGCAGAGAAGAACAUAGGAAGAAAAAUCCAGAAGUCCCUGUCAAUUUUGCAGAAUUUUUCAAGAAGUGCUCUGAGAGGUGGAAGACAAUGUUUGGGAAGGAGAAAUGUAAAUUUGAUGAAAUGGCAAAGGCAGAUUGGGAAAUGAAGGAUUAUGGACCAGCUAAGGGAGGCAAGAAGAGAAAGGACCCUAAUGCCCCCAAAAGACCACCAUCUGGAUUCUUCCUGUUCUUUUCAGAACUCUGCCCCAAGAUUGAGCCCACAAAUCUUGGUGUCUCCAUUGGAGAUGUGACAAAAAAAAGCUAG